ACAACAAGUCGCUAGUCUGUGUCACUCGCCUCUCUGCUCCCGCCGCUCUGUGCUUCCCUAAACAACACCGAGCCGCUCCUCACAAGCCUCACUAACAGUCACUUCCGGGUAGCGCAGCUGUCAACUCGUUCUCCCAGCAGCCCUUGCGCGCACUUCCUGUUCCGCCUCCGCCUCAGCACCGCCCCUCCUCACAGUCAGUCCAGCGUCGGCUUCAGAAUCUGGUGACUCCUCAAUGGUCUCCUCCAUAAACCUACAAGAGAGGGCAGCGAUUGUGGGAGCCGUGACACUGCUUCUCCUGACUCCGACAUGUCCAGACAUUUACAAUGAAUAGCAAGGAGUGCGCUGAGGUCUCAGAGAACAGCCACCAUAUCAAAGUUUUUCUGCCCAAGAAACUCCUCGAGUGUCUCCCCAAGUGCACUCUCCUGCCCAAAGAGAGACUGCGCUGGAACACCAAUGAGGAAAUCGCAUCGUAUCUCAUCACAUUUGAGAGACAUGAGGAGUGGUUGUCCAGUGCCCCUAAGACAAGACCUCAGAAUGGCUCCAUCAUCCUCUAUAAUCGUAAGAAGGUGAAAUAUCGCAAGGAUGGAUAUUGCUGGAAAAAGAGGAAGGAUGGGAAAACAACACGAGAAGAUCACAUGAAACUGAAAGUGCAAGGAAUGGAGUGUUUAUACGGAUGUUACGUUCACUCUUCUAUAGUCCCAACAUUUCACCGCCGUUGCUACUGGCUUUUGCAGAAUCCAGACAUAGUUCUGGUUCAUUACCUGAAUGUUCCAGCCAUUGAGGAUUGUGGGAAGAUUUGUGGCCCUAUACUUUGUGCCACCAAUAGUGAUCGUAAGGAGUGGAUGAAAUGGAGCAAAGAGGAGCUGAUUAGUCAACUUAAGCCUAUGUUUCACGGCAUUAAAUGGUCCUGCAGUAAUGGGAAUGGAACAAGCGAGUUCUCUAUAGAACAACUGGUCCAACAGAUCCUGGACACCCACCAGGCCAAACCCCCUCCUCGUACCCACACCUGUAUGUGCAGCACCAGCCUGGGGUCAACAGGAGGGGUUCCUCACAAAUGUACCAGUACAAAGCACCGCAUCAUUUCCCCAAAGGUGGAGCCAAGGAUGUGCCCAUUGCCCGCUCUCACUGAGGUUCAGAAUAUUUCCUCCUCUGCUGAGCCAGACCAGGGUAAGGAAAGGAGAGCCACACCAAAGGGUUGUAGGACUCCUUCAGGCAGUGACCCAAGCUCCUCCCAUUCCUACGCUGAACUGCCAGAUAGCACACAAGCCUCCCCGCCUCUGACCCUCACCAAUGGAUUCUAUACAGACCAGGAACUAACUGGCGUCACGAUUACAGCUGCACCUGGGGUGCCUGGCAUUAGCGCAGUGUUAGUGAUGACGGGGAUACCGGAAAAGCCACUGGCAUUAACACCCAGUCAGCAACUUGUACCAUCGGGAAACCAGUCUAAUUCUGCACCAGUUAGUGUGUCCCUGAUACCUUCUCCUGUUGAGGGCCUCCUGCUGUCUUCUUCUCAGAGUCUGGAGGUAGCAAUGGAGGCUGCUCCAGGGAGCACUAGUGGUCCAGUCACAUUUGAUCCUGACUCCUUCCUCAACAGUCCCAGAGAAGGGCAGACCUAUGGGGGGGCAUCAGGGACAGCAGAGUUUAAGACUGAAAGCUCAGAAGGAGGAGAAGCAGAUAGAGAAGCCCAAGAGGAAGGCUGCAUGGAGUCAGUGGAGCAGAAAUCAUUGGUUAAAGAGGAGAAGCCAAACAUGCAGAAGGAGGUGCUAGUGGUAGAAGAUCAUAGGGAAGAGGAGGAGAGCAGCGGUUUGGAGGUGGAGAUGGACACCAGGGAGGAACAGGAUGAGUCCAGGCAGGAGGAGGUUGCAGAAGCACCUGGUGAUGGUCAGGAGGAGGACAAGCCAGACGGAACCCAUAUGAGGGACCUUUACUCCAUCAUCCACAAUGACCUGAGCUCAUCUUCUGGGGCCUCCAGUGACCACAUGGAAUUGUCUGCAGAAAACUUCAACAUCUCUUUCGACAGCCAAUUCCCCGACCUCAUCUCUGACCUGAUGACUGAGGAGGCUCCUCCAGGAGACUAUGAACAUUAUGGAGCGCCCCAGGCACAAUCUUCUCCGGCUCAAGCCCAGUAUGUACAGCAGCAGGUCCAGCCAAUUGCAGCUAGUGCUUCAGUGGUGGGGACAGUCUUCUCUGAUGGGAGAGAGGAGACUCCAAGCCUUGUUGGGAUCACAGACUUCUCUCCAGAAUGGUCCUACCCCGAGGGGGGUGUUAAGAUCCUGAUUACAGGUCCCUGGGUAGAGAAUACAGACUCUUAUUCCUGUGUAUUUGAUCAGCUGACUGUGCCGGCCUCUCUCAUCCAAUCAGGAGUCCUACGCUGUUAUUGCCCAGCACAUGAGGCCGGCCUGGUCACACUGCAGGUCAUACAUCAGCAGCAAGUUAUCUCUCACUCUGUCGUCUUUGAGUAUCGUGCCCGAAACUUCCUCACCCUGCCCAGCACCCAGUUGGACUGGCUCUCACUCGAUGACAGUCAGUUUAGGAUGUCUAUCCUGGAGAGGCUGGAACAGAUGGAGAGGAGAAUGGCCAAUAUGAGCUCUGGACAAGCCCAGCAGACUUCUGGCUCUCGGAGAGGAGAGAGCACAAAGAUGUCAAGUGCUGAUUCCUUUGAGGCUCGAUUGGUGGCAGUGUGUGAGAAAAUGAUGUCACAGAGCUGCUGGGUGACAUCAGACCUUCUAAUGCAUGAGAUGAGUUUCCGAGGCAUGACUCUGCUCCACCUCGCAGCUGCUCAGGGAUACGCCCAGCUCAUACACACCCUGAUACAGUGGCGGAACCUCCAUUCCCAAAGUCUUCCAGUGGAAUUAGAGGUUGACCCUCUGAAUGUGGAUCACUUCUCCUGUACCCCUCUGAUGUGGGCUUGUGCUCUGGGUCACACUGAAGCUGCCAGUCUCUUGUUCCGCUGGGACUGUCGGGCUCUCUCCAUCCCAGACUCCUUGGGUCGCUUUCCAUUGGGUGUUGCCCGAUACAGAGGCCAUACCAAGCUGGCGGCCACCCUGGAGGAGAUGCAGAGAAUGGAGCCUUUCCACAGUAACUACACGAGGCUACAGGGAAGCAGCUGGCACCAACUGACAGGCAGCCAGGAGUUCAGUAUGGGACUGUCACCCCUCUCUACUGAUACAGGGCUCAGCAGUCUCUCAUCUCCAUCACAAGUGUCAGACGGCUCCGUGUCUGUAACCUCUGCCUAUUCCAGUAGUUCUGCUCUGCAAGACUCUCCUGACUGCAGCCCAGAGAGUAGCCAGGACACCCCUGCGGAGACUUCCCCAAGCUCCCGAAUUCUAGCCUCCUCCUGGGACCCUGAAGAUGCAGGAGGGACCGCUUUGUACCUGGACUUCCCCGGGGUGGGCGAUAACUAUGAGGAGCCACAUGAUCUCUUGGGAUACACCGAGGAUACUGAGAACCAGGGUUACCUGCAGGUGGACAUGGUGACUCUGGCAGAGCAGAUUAUUGAGGCCACACCAGAUCGGAUAAAACAGGAGGACUUCACUGCGUCGGACUCUGCUCCCCUAAAGGAAAGGUCUGGUAACCUGAGUAAGACUAUGACUUGGCUCGCCAGUUACCUGGAGACUGCAGAUCAGAUGCCCGGCCUGCCUCCACAUGGGGAGGGGAUGAGAGCGGCACGUGCCCUGGCUCGAUUUGCCCAGAUGAGUCCGAGAGAGGAGGGAUCGAGUCGUUUGUCUGCCAGUGAGAUGUACAGUCAGUGGAGUAAGAGGGGCAACAGGCGCUGCUCUGAAGCUUUAAGGGUUAAAAUAUCAAGGUCUGAAGCUCCCCUGUCCCCCUCCUCUCCGUCCCCCUUGGGAGAGAUCCCAUUUGAGAGGUUUGAUCCCCCGGGUGCAGCUCGCUGGUCAGAGUUUCUCGGUGCCUCAAGCAGCGGCAGAAUGGAGAGUGAAUUUGCUCUUCUCACCCUGUCCGACCACGAGCAGCGAGAGUUAUAUGAGGCAGCCCGAGUCAUUCAGACGGCGUUCCGUAAGUACAAGGGCCGGCGCUUAAAAGAACAGCAGGAUCUGGCUGCAGCCGUCAUUCAGCGAUGCUAUAGGAAGUACAAACAGCUGACUUGGAUUGCUCUGAAGUAUGCCCUGUACAAGAAGAUGACACAGGCAGCCAUAUUAAUCCAGUCCAAGUUCCGCAGUUACUAUGAGCAGAAGCGUUUCCAGCAGAGUCGUCGGGCAGCCGUCCUGAUCCAGCAGUGUUACAGGAGCUACAGAGAGGGGGCACGGGGGGGCUCUGCCCUGCAACACUGCAUUAAGGGAUCCUUCCUGACCAAGAAGCAAGAUCAGGCUGCCCGGAAAAUCAUGCGCUUCCUCCGCCGCUGCCGCCAUAGGAUGAAGGAGAUGAAGCAGACCCAGGAGUGUUUACAGACGAGGGGACUGACCAAUUGACUUUUCUGUCCCCUCCCAUUCAAUGCCCCCGUACCCUAUCACUGCCCUUCCUGGGUCUGGCACAUAGGCCUGUUAUAUAGGGACGGGUAUAUGAGCCACACCUGUGCCACUGCAGUGUGUAUGGAUCUAAGUGCACAAACGUGAAACAGUGCCUAUCUGUGUGUGUGUGUUACGUGUGUGUGUGUUACGUGUGUGUGUGUCAGGCUAAAUGUGUGAGACAGUGGUGAGGAUUGGGGGACACUGGGACUUCUGAUCAAACCACGUAAUGGGCUGCUCCUUGCGCCAUACAGGGAGUGUGAGUGAGUGUGUACACACCAGAGUACAGCUAGAGAUAUAUAUAUAUAUAUAAUUGUGUAUAGAUCUGUAUAUAUGUAUGCACACAUUUCACUGCAUGUAUGUCCUUGAGUAUCACACCCCCGUAUUACUGUAUAUGCCUGUGUGUAGAUCACUAGAUGUAACCGUCCACUUUGUGUGCACACGCCUGCCUUCCUCUAUGUGUUACACACACACACACACACACACACACAUACAUACACACACACACACACAUACAUACACAUAUACAUAUAUUGCUGUCCCUGUGCAAGUGGGUGUGCAUGGCAGGAGAGUGUGUGAAUGGUUCUGUUCUUUAUGUUCAGGUAACGUGUGCUGUGUGUGUAUUUGUACAGGGUGUGUGUGACAGUGUGAAGGCGCAUGUAUGUAAAUGUAAGAGCCGUGUGUGUGCAGGUGAGUGUACAGUAACAAGUGCACUGAGAGUGAGUGUGAGUGUGAGUCGUGUGCACUUUCCUGUGUGAUUCACUCAGGCAGCUCCUUUAUUUAUUAAUUUAUUUUAACCGUCUCGUUUCAUGCACUUUGUUACACCCCCCCCCCCAUAUAGUUAUAUAUAUUUGUGGCUUUUGUACCGACCUUCCCAUGAGAACCUUUUACAUGCAAAUCCA